CUCUUCUCUUAAAGAGCUUUAAUUUAGAGAAAGAGUGCGGUAUGAAACCGACUGAUAUUGAUGAAUCAGACAAGGAGCAAAUCGUGACAAACAUUGAAGAUGAUACAAAGAUUGAUACAGAGAAAAAGAUUGACCUCAUUUUGUUAAAAAUUAUUGAAUUAAGAGAGGAAGUGAAAUAUCUCCGUAUCAAAUUGGAGAUCAUAGAGAAGAGUUUGGAGAAUCUCAUGAAGAGAAAUUCAGUUGAUAAAAACACGAAGUCAACUGGCGAAUUGGAAAAUAGGAGGAAUGAGAUCAACGGAGAAUCUAUGGUAGAUAGACCUAUUAACAGUGUGAGGAAAACCCCUGAUGAAGUAGUGAUUGUUCAUAAAGAGAAUGCCAAAGUUAAAAAAGAAAAAAAGAAAGGACGAGCUUUGAAUUGGAUGAGAACUGCUUGUAGAAGAGUAUUUGGUUUAUUCAAGAAGAGAGGAUCAAACUAA